UAUACACCUGUCUACUUUCUCCAAGUUAAUUUGAAAGUAAACAACGCCAUUUUGUAUUUGUAUUUCCCGUUCUACAAAAAAUUGUAAUGGAAUUCCUGAGAAGUGAGACUUUACUUUGAGGCCAAAAGGUGACUUAAUGAGAUAGUGAGAAUCCAAUAAUGAGGAGUAAUAAUACUAAUUUACUUUAGUCAAAACAUUACUGAAAAAUUAGAAAUCAUGUCUGAUGCACGCAUUCCAAAUGUUGGUACUGUCCCUAAACUAGGAAGGGUGAAUGAAAUAUGUCAGGAGUGGAUGGUUCGCGAAGAUGGAGCUAUGGCCUACCAGUUACAAAACCAAGAAAUCAGACAACAUUACUCAGGUAACAAGCAACGUAAUGCAAUGGUCAGAGAGGAUUUCCCAAAGGCUAAAACUGAGCAACAACGAGAGCAAGAAUUGGCAGAACAGGCAGCUGCUGUUUAUCGGAGGAUGCUGGAGGAACAAGAAGAAGUUGAUCGAAUAUUAGCAGAGAGAUUGAGCAAAAAAUUGGAACUGGAGGAGAGAAUGAAGAAGAGUGCAGCAGAUAGAGAAAAUUUGCAUGUUGCUAAAAGGCUCCAAGAUGAUUUCGUGAAACCACCAGUGCUUAGACAACUCAAGCCCCCUCAGGAGUCUUAUAUUCAGGCUGGGGGUUCAAUGGGUAGGAGUGGCAGGUUAUUUGAGCCUGAGGAAUUAGAAUCCACCUCUCCUGAUAUAGAGUUGGGACCAUAUAUGGAGCUCCCUCCGUCCGAACAAAUAUCUUCCAUUUACAAUGAACCCUAUGUGGAGAGAAAUGAAGCUCAAAAAACGCAGGAGGAAGCUGAUGCUGAACUAGCAAAGAUGCUUCAAGAGGAAGAAGGUAAUCUGGAAGAGUGCAUUAUGCAAAGAGAUAGACUACUGGCAAUCGAGGCUCAGGACAAAGAAUUGGCUAAGGUUUUGCAGGAAAGGGAGAGAAUUAAAGCUAAAAAAGCUAAAGAGAGGGCAAGACAGAAGGCGUUGGCCAAAAAACAGCAAAAAAGACAGGAGGAAUUACAAAACCAAGAUGUUAUAAUGCCAGAUGAUGCUUAUUCAAAUCCUGCAGACAUGAUAUUACCUUCGACAAGGAAUACCAUUCCGAAUUUACCCCCUCCAAACAACUGUACGCCUCAGACAUAUGACGAAUACGAAGACAACUACAGUCUACCGGUAGACAGGGUAGAAUCAUCCAGACCAAGUGCAGACUCAUCUAGACCAAGUACCGAAAGUGGUUUACCCGAUUACCCAAAUUACACAGCCGGUCGCGAAGAAGCGCCAACGAGGCCCUCGCAUUUAGCCGUCAGACCAGUUUACAAGCCCCGUUAUCCGGAUCCAGAAGAUUUGGGCAAGCCGCAUCUCAAUAUUGCGAUGGCUAUCGAUCCAACUUAUCCGAAACAAGACUUGGCUCAAUCUCCUGGUUCUUACAUACAACAUAUGUCACCGGCUAAAAGCGUUUCUUCGAAGUCGUCUUCCAGGAGUUCGCCGAGUAGUUCUUCGAAAGAAAUGGACGGCAGAUUGGAGAUGACUAAUGCCCCUCCUUAUAUGCCUAUUCAGGGACAAAAAAGGACUGCUUCUUUGGAGAAAAGAAGAGUUAGAGAUGGCUGCAAGCAGCAAUGAUGUUGGUGCUCUAUUUAUUAUGAGAAUCCUCUCAGUAGUUUUGUUACUAGAUAUAAUUGUGUUUAAGCACAAUACUGCAGUUAUGUCCAUAUCAAAAACCGUGAUAAAAGUUGAAUAUUUUCUUAUAUUGCAUAAAGUAUAUGGCAACUGAUAUUUUUAUACUUUUACAAAUAUACUUUUUGUACUGGC